AUGAUGGAGACGAGUAGUACUGAGAAGACUCGAAUACGUGAAAGCAAGACAAGCACUAAGGGGACUGUAAAACAUAAGUUUCAGAAUUGCGAAGAUUCGGUGAAAAUAGUCGUAAGAAGGCUACCACCGUUACUCUCCAGAGAUGAUUUCAUGGACAGAUUGAAGGAGAACAACAAAGUUUAUGACAAUGUUCUUGAGAGUUACUUUGUGGAAGGAAAAUAUCCCGAAAAUCGGUACGAUGGAAUUGUUAAUUCAAGGUGUUAUCUAUUACUGAAGAACGAGCAAAGUGCAACAGGAUGUGUACGAUAUCUGGAGAAGCUGACCUUUGUGAACUCUACAAAGGAAAGACAAGCUGAAGAAGAUACACAAGACGUGGAGGGAGACACAACAGCUAUCGAAGAAAACGAAAAGGAGCAACUUAAAAAUGCAUUGAGAAAGCAAUUAGAAGUUGAGAGGAAGAAUGAGCAGUUUAAGCCAGUAAUUGAACGGGCCAUGUACUAUCAAAUGCCACCAACAGGAAGGAGCAAAGUAACUUCAUCAAACUUUAGUAUCAAGAAGACAAAGCUAUUCAAGACGUUUGUGAAUUAUCUUGAGGAUCCAGACGAGGCCAGCUUGGCUAAAGUGAUGAGGUUCUUAGGUGAUGAUAAUGGUACAAAGAAAAUAAUAAAAGGCAAGAAGAAAGCAAACAAAAUGGGUAAAAAGAAGACUACACGUGCUCAAACAGAAUCCAAGAGAACUACAAAGAAGAGAAAUUCUCAGAAGAAGAACCAAAAUAAGAUCAAUUCUCGAUCUGAAGAGAAAGCAAAUGGCGAUAACGUUGUGCAAAGCCUCAAAAAGAAAAAGAAUAAAAGGCGCUUCAAGAAUAAGAAGGUUGAUAAAACAUCGCAUGCGAAUCAGGCCGUUGAAUGUGAUUCGGGCGACACUGAGUUGGGGGUUUCACAGAUUCAUGAAUUUGGAGAUAUUUUAAUACCUAAGGAAGCCAAAUUGAGUGAUCUAUUGUCCAGUAGAUUUAUUCAAAAUGUUCUGGUGUAUCUCUAUGGUGUGGAGAGGGAAGAUAAAGGAGACGUGGCGGAGGAGAUUAAAAAAGAGAACGAGUAUAGAUGCUUCAAAGAUCUAAUUGAGUACUAUAAAGAAGAGUUUAAAGAUAUUCCGGCGGUGAUGAGAUGGGUUGAAUGUUCCAAGUUUGAUGGCCAAUCAGUAUCUCUGUUAGAUGUUCAAUUGCAGGGAGAUUGUAGCAAAAAUAUGAAGCUAGGGGAUUUGACUCUAGAUGAGCUUACCGAAUUAGUUUCACAGAUAUACCAGAUAUGUUCAUUGUUGGUAGUUACUGGAGUUAGAGGACGCAAUACAGGAUGGGCAAGUACGAAUUUAAAAUAUCUGGAUAAUAGAGACAAAGAAUUUCUAAUGCAGUUUACACCAUACAGUGAAGAGAAGUCGACCACUGACCGAAUUCAAGCGUCAGAGAUUCCAGAAGAGAGAUAUUACAAAUUAUUGCAGCAGAAUGAACAGAUGCAAGAAAAGCUAUCAGAAACGGAAUGGUUGAACGAGCAAUUACAAGGAAAGUUGGAAACCAGGGACGAAGAAAUAAACGAACUCAGCGAUCAAAUAGAACGGUUACGUAACCGAGCAGAUGUUGAGCCACAAAAAGAGCUGAACGAAGCUUAUAAAAAAGGAGUAUUCGAGGUGAGAAUAUUAGAAGAGAUUAUAAAGAAACUCAAUCAAACUAAAUAA